AUGCGGGCGUCACCCGUCGCGUCGACGCCGUGUCGCUUCCUCUCGCACGGCGCGCGUCCCUCGACCCGCGCGUCGGCGUCGAGGGACGACGGCGUCGCCGCGGAGGCGCGGGACGGCGUCUUCAGGGCGAGCGGAUACCGCACCUUUUACGACGACGUCGAGAGCGAGGACGCGACGACGGUCAAGGUGGACUGCGGACCGGUCUCGGCGUACCUCGGUGGGACGUACGACGGGGAAAAGGUGGCGUGGCGAUCGUCCGGGACGACGCCGGCGGGCGAGCGGGACGCGCGGGCGACGCGGAGGACGUACGCGUUCGAUCGCGUGCUCGCGCACGGAGCGUCCACGAUCGUUUCCGUGACGGAAGAGCGACCGUUGGGGAUCAUAUUCGAGCCCGACGCGGAUGGACGCGUGCGCGUGGCGGAUUUCGUGGUGGGGUCGAGGGCGGCGCGCGCGAACGACGCGGCGGCUUUGGCGCCGUUCGGCGCCGAUUGCUGUCGAAGAGGUGACGUUUUGAGGGCGUUCACGGCGACGCAGGUCGCGUUCAAGAGCACCGCGGCGCUCACAGGGGAUCUCUCGGGGACGAAGCGCGUGCGGACGCUCUUCGGCGCCGACGGAAGGACAUGGGGCGAGGUGCAGGCCGCGCUCGCGAACGGACGCAAGGCGGACGGACCGAUCACGCUCGUCCUCGAGCGCGAUUCUGAUCGCGCUCGCGCCGAAGCGUGGCCGCGUCCGCCGGAGGAGAUCGAGUUCAGAGGACUCGGUGAGGAGACCACGACGGCGAAGCGCGCGCGAGAGCGUCUGGAGAGCGACGACGAGGAGACGACGCGCGCGAAUAUCGCGUUCGCGUCCGCCGCGGUCGCGUUCAUCGGCCUCAUUCUCGCCGGUUUUUCGUGA